GAAACCAUAAGCAAAACUCAGUUGACGACACCGGUCAUGAGAGUGGCCUGAUUAUGGCCAAUCUUACGUAAUGUGUGAGAUCUUGAUAUUACCCCAUCCUUGAGAGUUUUCUAUAAAGCUACAGGGACUUAGGAGCACCUUUAAUCACAGACAACCCAUGUUCCUGUGGAUUAUGGUUUAUUAGAUUGCACAUGCCUGAAUAAAGACAUCCUCUGCAGUCUUUUGACAAUUCUAUAAGCAUUUUGUGACUGCAAUUAGACAACUAAGAGAUCUGUGUUACUUCCAUCACAUAUAUAAAUAAUUUUAAAUAAAAAUCAUGGCGUGAGUAAUUUAUGUCCUCUACCGAUUUGAAGCUAUUCAUUUGGAAGACCACUCUGAAGAGAUGAAAUAAGUCUUCUGCCAAAAAUUACUUAUUAAUUUACAAGGGAAAGGGGAAGUUUUGUUCCUCUCCUUGAUUUGACUGAAAAUCGAGGGCUUUCUCGAAUAGUUUUGGCAUCCAGGGUCAUUUUUCAUUAAAAAGCGAAAAGUCAUGUGAAAUAUGAAUCUCCCCAGGUCAUUCAGCACUAGACCCUGGGAGAUUCUGUACAGAGGGGGUUUGUUAUAGUCAACUUUUCCGGGUAAAACAAACACAAAUACUCCUCCUCCAAGGGGCGGGGGCGGUGCCUAGGUGAUGCACCAAUCACAGCGCGCCCUACCCUAUAUAAGGCCCCGAGGCCCUGUGGCGUUUUACGCUUUUCGCUGGUUAUUACAUUUAGCGUUUCUCUGCUGUUAUGUCUGAAACCGUGCCUGCAGCUUCUGCCGGUGCUGUUCCAGCCGUCAUGGAGAAACCUCUAACCAAGAAGAGAGGGAAGAAGCCGGCUGGCUUGACAAGUGCAAGUUGCAAAGCACCGAACCUCUCUGUGUCCAAGUUAAUCACCGAGGCCCUUUCAGUGUCACAGGAACGAGUAGGUAUGUCUCUGGCUGCGCUCAAGAAGGCACUGGCCGCUGCUGGCUACGACGUGGAGAAGAAUAACAGCCGCAUCAAACUGUCCCUCAAGAGCUUAGUGAACAAGGGAAUUCUGGUGCAAACCAGGGGUACUGGUGCCUCCGGUUCCUUUAAGCUUAGUAAGAAGGUCCUUCCUAAAUCUACCAGGAGGAAGGCUAACAAGUCAGCUUCUGCCAAGACCAAGAAGCUGGUUUUAUCCAGGGACUCCAAGUCACCAAAGACUGCUAAAACCAAUAAGAGAGCCAAGAAACCGAGGGCGACAGCUCCUAAAAAAGCUGUUAGGAGCGGGAGAAAGGCUAAAGGAGCCAAGAGUAAGCAACAGCAGAAGAGCCCAGUGAAGGCAAGGGCCACGAAGCCAAAAUUGACUCAACAUCAUAAAGCUAAUAUUAGAAAGGCCACAUCUAGCAAGUAAAGAGAACUUUCCAGGAGGCCGAUUUCGAAAGAACCCAAAGGCUCUUUUAAGAGCCACCCACAUUAUUUUAAAAUGGCGUAACACUGGAAACUUAAUUUCUAUGACAGUUAACUAUAGGUUUAAGUUGUGAUACAGCUGAGUUGAAAAGUCUUGAGGUGGGAGAAUUCAGUCCAGGAUUCAAGACCAUCCUGCGCAAUAUAGCCGGACUACCAUCUAUGCCAGAGGUCCCCAUUUCCCCUGGCCACCCACCGGUACGGUUCUUGUCAGUGGCACGUUAUGAAUUGGGCCGCACAGCUGAGGGGUGAGUGAACAUUAACCACCUGAGCUCCACUGCCUGUUAGGUUAGCUGCAGCAUUAGAUUCUCAUAAGCUCAAACCGUAUUGUGAA